UGCCACCUCCAGCCCACGUGUCCCGUCUCCUCCAUUUCUCUCCUCCGACUCCGAGCUCUCCAGCCUCGCCGCGAGAAACCCCGUCCCGGAUGUCGGAGGCCGUGGAAGCACCGGAGGCGCGGGAGAGGGUGCCGUCGUCGCGGCCCUACUGACCGCACCCGCCACUUCCACUGCCGCGCGCCCGCGUCCCCUCGGGCGACGGGUCCGGUCCUCAGUUAGGCCCUCCCUCCUCUGUUUGAAGUAAAGCACCCAUGGAUCCACUGGAAAAGUCUAAGGCUUUGUGCCUGAAGCGCAAGCCCGAUGAUGAUUGCUUGGCAAAAAACAGCAAGUCCCAUCGUACUGAAAUUGAUAAUGUAUCUUCUAAGGUGCACAGCGGAUCCUCAUCGGAUUUACCUAUACGCAGUUGUCACAGCCAACCUAAUCUUGCUAAUGAUUGUGUUAAUUACCUGAAAAGUGGGGCGCCAAGUCGUGUUGUGUUUUACAAACAAGGUUCAUGGUGUGACUUUCCUGACAAAAUAGUCACAUCCAUUGUUGAUGCAUUCGGAGGUGAUAAAUCUAGUAUCGUUGUUGUGAUGGAUGACCAGCCUCUCCUUAUUGAUUUCUUAUCAAUGACCUUGGUGAACCUAAAAACGAGGAAACAGCGAUCUGUUGCAUGGCUUGAUGGGACUAACAACUGGUCUUUUCCGUCUUCAUUCUUUGAUGAGGAAGUUGAAGAAUCCGCAAAGUUGAGCAGAAAUGUUGUUGAAGGUGCUGCACUAGGUUCCGUUAGGGGUAAUGUUAUGAAGUCUCCAUCUGAUGUGGCGAAACAAGCUAUGCUUGAAGCCAGCCCUCCAGUUAUACAGAGUUCUUGUGCUUUAGAUAUAUUGCGUAAGAAGAUUGUACAUGUUGAAAGAGGUAGCGAAAGCUUUCUGUUUGUUCAGAACCUUUUCCUCUCUGGUAUGGGUUCAUUUGCAGUGCCUAACAACAUUCUUCAUAUUCAUCGGUACUCUCCAAAGGAUAUCCCUGCACAGCGUAGACUUGAAGCUUUUGAGAAACAGUUGAGGUUGACAGGACAGAAGUCUGGCAAUGCAAAUGCAAAAUAUGGAUGGCUUGGAUCCAGAAAGCAAGACAUUGUCAGUGUUAUAGUUAAUGGUUUUGUUAGCACUGGAAAAAACACUCAUGAUACGGCAAUGGCCGAUGGCAUUUAUCUGUCACCUGAAAACCGCGCCUUUACAAGUGUUGGUCUUUGUGAUGUUGACGAAAAAGGGGUACAGUAUAUGUUGUUGUGCCGAGCCAUAUUGGGCAAAACAGGAGUUAUCAAAUCAGGUUCACAGGAGGAGUUUCUAGGCAUUUAUGAUUCUGGCGUUGAUGAUUGCUCAAACCCAAACUAUUAUGUGAUCUGGCCAUCACACCGAAGCACUAAUAUUUCUCUGGAAUACCUUAUAAGUUUCAGGCUUGCUCCAAAAGUUCAAGAGUAUUUUCGUAGCUUGAAGGGUUUAUGGUUGCGCCCACCUCCAGGUGAAGUGAAAGUGGAUCCUUCUAUUCUUCAACCAGUACUCUGUCAAACUGAUGAAGGGCCAACGUCUCCAUGGAUUUCAUUCAGAUUGCUCUUUGAGACAAUACAAGACAAUAUAUCGGCUUUAGCGAGAGAAUUGCUCUAUCGCCACUAUGAAGAGUUGAAGGAAAAUAAGAUUACUCGUGAUGAAAUGGUCAAGAAAAUGAUGGUAAUAGUUGGAGAGAAAUUACUUCUGGAUUCCUUGACAAAACUUAAAUACAGUCCAUCAUUAUGGUACAACUCUCCUGCAAAAAAUACCAGUUAUUCUGCAGCACUGGGAUCUGGCUGCAUUGGGACAAGUACAGAUGUUGUUGUAUCUGCAACUCCUAGUCAUGAUGGUCCAUCAUCAAGUGUGCUUCGUGAGAAUUGUGAACCUGUGAAUCCCACACGUGGUGGUUCUCCUGCGAAUGCGGUCCGAGGACAGCAUUCGCCCACCCCAAGUAUGUGUUCGGACAGCUCUUCAUCCCGCUGUACUAACAGCCAGUAUCCUUUUGAACCGAUGGUGGCACCUCUAGGUCAUGAUGCCCUUGUGAGGAGUGCUUUGCUCAGUGUUAAUGGCUUGGAUUCUGCUGGACCAAGCAUGGAGUAUAAUGGUCAUGAUACCCUCGCACGAAGCUGUUCUGAAGGCCAUGAUUCUCAUGUAUCAAGACCAACACUUGGAAACUCUGCAUCUGUCAGUAUGGAAGGCCUGCAUUCUGCUGCACCAGGUACGACGCCUGCAGCCCAUGACGCUCUUGCAUCCAAUAGGGCAAAUGAAAGUGUUGCUGCAACUCCAGGCGUAUCAUGUCAAGCCUAUACUCCAAGUAGGGUUCCUCAGUUCUCCGCAGCGACAAGUAUGGCGCCUGAGCUCUGUGCACCAAGAAGUAUGGCACCACAUCUCCGUGCGCCAAGAAGUAUGGCGCCUGAGCUCUGUGCACCAAGAAGUAUGGCACCGCAUCUCCGUGCGCCAAGAAGUAUGGCGCCUGAGCUCUGUGCACCAAGAAGUAAUGCACCACAUCUCCGUGCGCCAAGAAGUAUGGCGCCUGAGCUCUGUGCACCAAGAAGUAAUUCACCGCAUCUCCGUGCGCCAAGAAGUAUGGCACCUGAGCUCUGCGCACCAAGAAGUAAUGCACCACAUCUCCGUGCGCCAAGAAGUAUGGUGCCUGAGCUCUGUGCACCAAGAAGUAUGGCACCGCAUCUCUGUGCGCCAAGUAUGGCGCCUCACCUCCGUGUGCGAAGCAAGGUGCCUAAAGUCCCUGCAAAAAAGACCAUGCCUGAAGCCAACUAUUCCAGUACAGCAACUGUGGUUCCUGUGAUCUGUAAACCUCCAUCAUCGGGUGUUUUACCAAAAGAUAACGGUCUUCCUAAAUCAAGCAAGGAGUGCAUGGCAUCAAGUUUAGUUCUGCAAGGCCCUGAUUGUCCUGCAAAUCGGGCAACGGAACUGCAAAACACUCCCAACCUGAAAAAUGUGGCUCCAAAGAAUCCCACAGCAGAGUGUGGAUCAAACAAGAACCUCCCCCGGAUAGGCGUUGACGAAAGCAGCACCCCCGCAUAUGCAGCAGGUAGACUCAUUGCCCUUUCAGCGGACGGCGAGAAAGGCCCGUAGAAGAACAACAUUACGUCGUGUCGGUGAUCGUGUUCCCGCUGAAUCCCCGUAUGUUGUGGCGUGAUACAGCCCGUUCUCCUGUGGAAGCACAUGAACAAUCGGUGAUAGCCUGUUACUCUGGCAGGUCUCAGCUCACUCUUGUACAAAAAGCAGUAACUCACACUUCCCCUCACGCGACGCAAAUUUUGCCUUGUCGACUCGGAUGGUUGAUCUGUGGUGGUCAGUUAGUGUUUCUCACAUGUCUUCCUACCUGGCUUAGGCAGUGACUAACUGACUAUGGGCCACUUGUUUUGAGCUUCUGCGGCGGAUUCAGAAUCUGAAAAGAAGUGUGUUUUGCCCCUCA